AUACUCCCACAGCCAAAGAUGUUCUCCGUACCGGGCUGGAACGUGUCCGCUCAACUCAAAACACAAGCUGAUGGUCACAACGCACCCCAUACACAAAACACCAACGCUCCUGCGAAUGCAGCAGACCCCGCCCCGCCGUCGAAGAAGAGGAAGCGCACGAACCGGAAAGACAAGCAGACCGAGGCCAAUGGCAUCGCACUGGGACCUCCUGUAAACGGCAAUAAUAUAGUGGACAUGUGGGAGAAGCAUAUCGAGGGGAAGAAACCAGACCAGGACAAGCCCGUAGAAAAAACGGAGCGAAUGAAAGAGCGCGAGAAGAAAAGAAAGCGAAAGCUGAAGGACGAGAAAAAGGCGAAGACCAAUACACCUGCUCCUGCACCAACCAAAGACACUACCUCGGACGACAAAGUUUCUAAAACAUCCUCAAAAAAACAGAAGCGCGACAAAUCCUCCAACCCAUCUACCAAAGAUAUGAACACUCCCGCUACAACUACACCAACAAUACCACCCCCAACAUCCCUCCCCCCAGCUGUCAAACUAACCCCUCUCCAACAAUCCAUGCGCGCCAAACUCGCCUCAGCCCGCUUCCGCCACCUCAACCAAACCCUCUACACCACCUCCUCCACCUCCUCCCUCACCCUCUUCAAAGACAACCCCGAGAUGUUCUCCGAAUACCACACCGGCUUCGCGCAGCAAGUCGCCGUCUGGCCCGAAACCCCCGUCGACGGCUACGUCACCUCCAUUCUCUCCCGCGGCAAACUCAUCGAAAAGCGCGACCCCUGGGCGCAGAAAAACAAAGGCCAAAAGAAUCAGAAAUCCAAACCCCAGCCCACAAACGCAUCUGCGGACGAGAAGCCGCUGAAACCCCUCCCCCGCAACCUCCGCGGCGUCUCCACCAUCGCGGAUCUGGGCUGCGGCGUCGCCUCCCUCUCGCUCGCCUUGCAACCCCAUCUCAAGCCUCUCAGACUCGCCAUCCACUCCUUCGACCUCUCCAAACCCGCGGGUCCCGCACACGACCUCGUUACAGUGGCUGAUGUAGCGAAUCUCCCGCUAAAGGACGCCACCGUGGACGUUGCGAUUUUCUGCCUCGCGCUCAUGGGCACCAACUGGCUCGAUUUCCUCGACGAAGCUUACCGCAUCCUGCGCUGGCGGGGUGAGCUAUGGGUCGCCGAAAUCAAAUCGCGGUUCGGGCGGGUGAAUCGCGCGGGAAAGGUGCUCGCACACAGCGUCGGUUCACAGCAGAAAAAGCCAAUCCCGUUCUCGAAGAAGCCGAAGCCGCCGACGAAAGCGCAGAAUCGGCAGCUGGCGGAAGCGGAAGAAAAAGUGAAUGACCAGCUGCUGAGCGUGGAGGUGGAUGGCGUGGAGGUGGAUGCGCAGAAGCAGGAGACGGAUGUGUCGGCGUUUGUGGAGGUGCUUAGGAAACGCGGGUUUGUGUUGGAUGGGGAGGAGAAGGAGGCGGUGGAGUUGGGGAAUCGGAUGUUUGUGAAGAUGCGGUUUGUCAAGGGGACGCCACCGGUGAGGGGAAAGAAUGUUGUGAAAGAAGAGGAGGUGGCGCAGAUGGGCGGUAAGAAGAAGAUGCGGUAUCUGGAGGAUCUGGAUAAGGAGGAAGACGGGGGAGAUGAGGGAGGGGUGUUGAAGCCCUGUGUUUAUAAGCUGAGAUAGGCGAAAAGGAGGUGAGCGGGUCUGCAGGACACGAGCAAGUUUGACGUCCACAAGUACUUGUAGAACAAAUUACCAUUUGAUUGAUGGGGUUU